GCGAAUCAGAAAACAGAAGUAAAAAAUGGAAAGGAAUCAGAAGAUCGAGAUGGAGCGGGAGGAGCAGAGGCGAGAAGAAACGAAGAAGAUGGAGCAACAACCGCCGCAAAAUAUUUCUCCGAUGCAACCGUUGACGGAAAGUGCUUACGGCGGAGGAAUGUACGGCGCCGAGGAAGGCCAACAGCAACUCCUGAAGAAGAAACCGGCGAGCGACACGCAGAGCGCCGAUGGACCGGUUGAAGCCGGAAUGAAGCCGAAGCAUGCGCCUCCGCCGUCGUCCGGCGACAGAGAUAUCGACAUCACCGGCCAGUCGUAUUUUCAGUAGUUUGGUAAGGCGGCACGUACGUUUCAAUCGUUGGCUGCUAAUUAUUGCCUUUUGUGUUCGUUUAAUAAUCGGGAGAGGUAUUUCGUAUAUUGUAAUCUGGUUCUUCUCGUUACUCGAUUGCGCGUUUCUUGCGAAUCUCUGAAUGAUUACAACUGAUAUUCGCGAGGAAUUUGGCAGAUAAUUUUAAUCCGAACAAAAUUAGGGCUUACAUGGA